AUGUGGAAGACAAACCAACCCAAUACGGCAGAGUCAUUUGGAAUGAACAAGAUCAGUCGUGUUCAUGUUGCCCUCGUCGUCGACCAGUACCUCAACGACAACAAUUUUUCUCAAACACAUUCCACCUUCCGCAACGAGGCUUCCUCCCUCUUUUCUGAUUCGUUGAUCAAUGAAAAACUGGAAACUUGUCCACCCAUGAUUUAUGUGUAUGGCAAUAGGAGAAAAGAUGCUCUAGCAAUGAAUGUUCCAUGUCAAAACACAUUGUUGCCAUCAAGUAAUACAAUCAAUAAUAAAGUAAUUUCUCGGCCCCCUUCUCCAAUUCAAUCAUCAUAUGGGAAUUUUGCCCCCAACAAAUCACAGACUCAAGGAUCUAUUGUUACCCAAUGCUCAUAUGUAUCCCAUCCUAAGAUUUCUCUUGUUGCAACAUGUAAUGGGGAGGCUAGUCCCUCUUGUUGCAAUGUAAUUCAAACCAAGAGAGUUAUGGUUAGUCCUACAAAUCAAAUGUCCUAUACAGAGAGUAGUCGUAGCAUUUCUCCUGUUAAUACUGAUUCAGACAUGGCAAGUAAGAGGAAUCGUGUAAGGGAUAGGCUGGAUGCCUCUGAUAAGCAUAAAAGCUUGGACAAAUCUGAUAUUGAAUGUUCAGACUGGGAGAAAAUUCAUCUUACUCAGUGA